UUCAGAACCGAACUGAAAACACAUUAUUUUGAGUGGCCGAGAAACGCGCAUGAGUGAAAUAAAUUUUCACGCUUUCAAACAGAGCGUCAGAGCAGAGCAGAGCAAAGGCAGCAGAAAAGCAGAGCAAAAGCAAAAGCGGCAUCUGAGGAAGAGACUUUUCGACGGCGACGUAUCACAAAAUCAGAAACGAUCCGACAACCGACCGACAACCCACAACAACCGACAACACCGACCGUCCAUUCAUAGUGUAUGUUGUUGUUGUUGUUUCUUUCUAUACAGUAUAUAGUUUUUGUUGUUGAUGUUGUUGUGGUGUGGUGGGGCCGGGUCGUCGAGAGAUUCCCCAUGCGAUCCCCCACAAAAACGAUCCGCAAAUCAGUCGAAAGUCAGAGCCCGAGCUGUUCGAAAAUCGAACAGAAAAUCGGUGGUGGUAGUGCUGCGGCCGAUCGUCGAGAGUUUUUCGCGAGAGUGAAAAUAGGUGGAAAAUCCCGCAAUAUUAUCGGAUCUCAGAUCAUUCAGAUCGAAACGAACGGUCAAAGUGAGUGCUUCGAUACAUAUCUCCUCAUCGAUUCAAUAUCUGUUUCUCAACAUGGGAAAAACGGGCCCGAAGGAUGCGCCCCAUCAGCCUUCUCCGCAACAGAGAACAAAAUUAACAAAAAUUUAAAAACAAAACAAAAAAUACGAUAUAUCAAAAAAGGAGUAGAAGCUAAAAAUAUAUAUAUAUAUUCAGCCAAAAAGCCAAAAAAAAAGGGCAAAAAAGUGCAGACAAAAGGUUCAGAGAGUCGCGCGACUUCUUCGGUUUUCGGUCUGGGAUUCUGAUUAAAGCGCGCGUUUAAUUUCAUUUUUUACGCUACUCCCUGGUUAUCCCUGUAUCGCCCUGUAUCCCCGAAUAUACCCAUAACCCUCCAGUAUAUUCCCAACUCCACCCUUGGCCAGACUUUUGAUUCGCUGUUCGCUGGCUUUUAUAUUUUUUGUGGCCCAAACGUCGACCUGGACUCGGAGACUUGGACUUGGACUUGGACUUGGGCCUUUGGAACUUUUUGUUUGUUUCGUUCGCCGCCUGUUCCUGUGCCCUGUCCUGUACCCAGUGCCUGUUGUGUGUUUCUUCUUGUGGCUUGAAUCUCAAAACUUGGCCGACUGGCUGCUGGCCAUAAUAUUCCUUUUUAAACGCUGCUCAGUACGCCGGCAGCUUUCUCCGUGUGCGUACGAAUCUUACGCAGACUCCACAAAAAAAACACCACACACAAUAAAUUGUGAGAGAAAAACUUUAAACAAAAAGGAGAUCGAUCGGUGAUCAUGUCGCCCGGGAUUCCGCCACCAACCGCCAACUUCCCCCCAAAAUGAGAAAAAUAUAUAAAAAAAAAACCAAAAUCCACUCAGCUCGAGCCGCUUGAUUAAUUCGCACACGUCAACGGUAUUCAAAUAAGCAUCUCGUGUACUCAUCGUGGCCGCAAUAAAAAGCGCUUUAACUUUAACUACCUGCCAAAAAAAAAAAAAUUAAGAGCAAGCAUCAACAAAAACAAAAAACAAUAAAAUAAAAUAAAAACCCCUAUAUUAUAAUACUCAUUUUGGUUUAAAAAACAAAACACAAAAAUUCCACCAGCUCAGCGGGCCAGAAUUUGGUUUGUUGCCGCUGCAUUUGGCUUCAAUCGAUAUGCGUUUACUUAUGGUAAUUGCAAUUUUAAUAUUCGCAAUGCCAAUGACUGGAUUCGGAUGGGCCGAGGGCACCAACAUCCUUCUCGAUCCAAACCUUAUGUGCAAAAAGACACGUCGCCUGCGCGGCAAGUUGGCCGAAAUCUGCCGCCAAGACUCGGCCCUCUUGAAAGAGAUCAUCAUAAAUGGCAUCAACCUGGGCUUCCGCGAAUGCGAAUUUCAAUUCCGCAAUCGCCGCUGGAAUUGCACUGUUCUACGCAAGAGCAUGAGGAAAAUCUUAAUGCGAGACUCCCGGGAAACGGGUUUCGUAAACGCAGUCACAGCCGCCGGAGUUACCUACGCGGUUACCAAGGCCUGCACCAUGGGCACAUUGGUGGAAUGCUCCUGCGACAAGGCUCACAUGCGGAGGAAUGGGGGUCAGUUCCAAAUGGUCACUGCGGAAACGGCAGGAGCCGCACUGGAUCGCCAGCAACAGGCUUCCAUGUUGCGACAACAGUUGCCUUCGGCCCUGAACCGCGAGGGAAACAACACCAGCAAUGCCAGCAUGACGGAACUAGGUCCUUUGGCAGGACGACGCAAUAAUGGACGGAACGGAAGAAGACCCGGAGGCAGGAAAGGACGUCGCAAGUUCUGGGACAACAUAAAAUUCCCGGAGGGAGAGUGGGAGUGGGGCGGAUGCAGUGACAAUGUGAACUUUGGCCUCCGGCACUCCAGGGUAUUCCUCGACGCCAAACAAAGGCAGAGGCGCAGCGAUUUGGGGACGCUGGUCAAGUUGCACAACAACAAUGCAGGCAGAUUGGCAAUUCGGGAUGCCAUGCGACUGGAGUGCAAGUGCCACGGCCUCUCCGGCUCAUGCACCGUGAAAACCUGCUGGCUGAAGAUGCCCCCCUUCCGGGAGGUGGCCGCCCGACUGAGGGACCGCUACGACAGUGCCCGGAAGGUGACGCUGCGCAAUGAUGGCGAUAGUUUCAUGCCGGAAAACCCGCACGCAAGGCCGCCGAACAAAUACCAGCUGGUGUAUGCCGACGAAUCGCCGGACUUUUGCAGUCCCAACCCCAAAACGGGAGCUCUGGGCACCCAGGAUCGAGAGUGCAACAUCACCAGCACCGGAUCCGAUAGCUGUGACCGCUUGUGUUGCAAUCGGGGGCACCGACAUCGGACCGUCGAGGAGCAGACCAACUGCAAGUGCGUCUUCAAGUGGUGUUGCGAGGUGACCUGCGAAAAGUGCCUGGAGCAUCGGGAGGUCAACACCUGCCUGUGAACAGGUGUCUUCCCCCGACAUUUCACCAUUAUCAUUUGUAUUAUUAUUUAAUUCGGUUUAGUCAGGAAGAGAAUUUUGAAAGCUUUCCAUUUCGCGUGAUAGAAAACAUACACAAACACACACCCAUAUACAGAAAACAUUUGGCUGCUUAAGUAUUAUUAUUCUAAUUAUAACUAACAGUAUCUCUAAUAAUUUAGUUAGUUGUAAAUAAAAAACACAUCGAUUCAUGUAAGCUUUGUAAAUA